GUUUUUUCCUACACCUAUAUCUCUACCCUAGAAGUUACUUCUAUUUUCAUGUCUAAAUUCUCUCUCUCACAAAGACACUCUCUCUUCAAAGUUCAGUUGCUUCAUCACCAAAAUCUGAAACACAUCAGUUCAGUUCUGCAGUGCAGACUGCAGACUAUAAAAUCUCAACAACAACCAAAGUACACCCUCUCCAGACCAGUCACCAGUUAACUAGUUCAGUUAACUAACGGUUUUUAUCUUCUCCCAUUUUAUUCCCAUUUUACCCUUCAACCAUCCCCACCUCCACCGCCAUUUCCAAUAGCCAUGAUAACCUGGCACGAUCUAUACACCGUUUUAACCGCCGUGAUUCCCCUCUACGUCGCCAUGAUCUUAGCCUACGGUUCCGUACGGUGGUGGAAAAUAUUCUCACCGGACCAAUGUUCCGGCAUAAACCGGUUCGUUGCUAUCUUCGCCGUACCACUUCUUUCCUUCCAUUUCAUCUCCACCAACGAUCCUUACGCGAUGAACUUCCGUUUCAUCGCGGCGGAUACACUUCAGAAAAUCAUCAUGCUCUUAGCACUUACUGUAUGGACUAAUUUCUCCGCUAACGGAAGCUUAGAGUGGAUGAUCACAAUCUUCUCUCUUUCCACAUUGCCGAACACUUUGGUCAUGGGGAUUCCGCUUCUUAUAGCUAUGUACGGCGAAUAUUCCGGCAAGCUUAUGGUUCAGGUUGUGGUUCUUCAGUGUAUCAUUUGGUAUACGCUUCUUUUGUUCCUUUUUGAGUACCGUGGCGCGAAGCUUCUCAUCAUGGAACAGUUUCCGGAAACUGCUGCUUCUAUUGUUUCCUUUAAAGUUGAUUCUGAUGUUGUGUCGCUUGAUGGAAGGGAUUUUCUUGAAACGGAUGCGGAGGUUGGUGAUGAUGGUAAGCUUCAUGUUCAUGUCAGAAAAUCCAAUGCUUCCCGGAGGUCUUUUAUGAUGACUCCUCGGCCGUCGAAUCUCACCGGAGCUGAGAUUUAUAGUUUGAGCUCUUCGAGGAACGCGACGCCGCGAGGUUCGAAUUUUAACCAUACGGAUUUCUACUCCAUGAUGGGUUAUGCGCCGAGACAUUCUAAUUUUGGUGCGGCGGAUGUGUAUUCCGUUCAGUCUACGUCACGUGGCCCUACUCCGAGACCAUCUAAUUUCGAAGAGAAUCCAGCACCAGCAUCAGCAGCAGCAUCGGCACUGGUGGUGAGCUCUCCGAAAUUUGGAUUUUAUCCGGCACAGAAUGUGCCGGCAACAGCUACUUACCCGGCUCCAAACCCAGAAUUUUCUUCUGGAUUGAGCAAGAGUAUUAGCAAAAACUCUCAGCAGCAAUUUUCUCAACAGACACAGCAAUUGGUUCAGGCACAACCACAAACAGUUAGCAACAAUGGUGCUGUUUCUAAAACGAGCCAUGAUGCUAAAGAGCUUCACAUGUUUGUGUGGAGCUCUAGUGCGUCGCCGGUUUCUGAAGCUAGUGGGCUUCAAGUCUUUGGAAGUGGAGCGGCUGAUUACGGAGUGUCUGAUCAAUCUGGACGCUCCGAACAAGGUGCUAAGGAGAUUAGAAUGUUGGUUCCUGAUGACCAUCCUCCAAAUGGGGUCACCAGUAAAGUUGAAAAUGAAGCUAGGCCAGAAACAGAGUUUGGUGAAGAAGACUUGAAGUUUCCAGUAAAAGAAGAAGAACUCCGGCUAGAAGAUCGCCGAGAGAAAGAAGAACCCGCCGGGCUGAACAAACUAGGAUCAAGCUCAACCGCGGAGCUACACCCGACAACCGCGGGUGCCACCACCGUAAAACACAUGCCUCCGGCAAGCGUAAUGACCCGUCUCAUAUUGAUCAUGGUUUGGCGGAAGCUAAUCCGCAACCCAAACACAUAUUCCAGCCUCAUUGGUGUCAUUUGGUCCCUAGUAGCCUUCAGGUGGCAUGUGCAUAUGCCCAAAAUAAUAGAGAAAUCAAUCUCCAUACUGUCUGAUGCUGGUCUUGGAAUGGCUAUGUUCAGUUUAGGUUUGUUUAUGGCUCUACAACCUAAGAUGAUUGCUUGUGGGAACUCGGUUGCUUCAUUUGCUAUGGCUGUUCGAUUUCUUACUGGUCCGGCUGUCAUGGCAGCGGCUUCCAUUGCUGUUGGCCUGCGUGGCAACCUUUUACGCGUAGCUAUUGUUCAGGCCGCACUUCCUCAAGGUAUCGUUCCGUUUGUGUUUGCAAAAGAGUACAAUGUCCAUCCGGCUAUUCUUAGUACUGGGGUUAUAUUUGGAAUGUUGAUAGCACUACCAAUUACUCUAGUCUACUACAUAUUACUUGGUUUGUAAGAUAUGUAAAUCUAUAAAGAAUGGCCAUCUCUUUUGAUUUUUUUUUACUUUGAGAGUAUGCAACCAUUCUUCGUGACCGGUGUGGAUUGUGCUGUUAUAUAGCAAGGAUGCGAUUUUUUUCUCGAUGGAAAGACCAAAAUCAUCACCUAAUAUCCUAAAAAACCAGCGAAAAUUCUUUCGAAUUUCCAAAAAUUAAGGAACUUCAGAAAAUUCGACCAAUUAACUCAAGUUCUCAGAAUUCUAGCCAUGCACACAAAUACAAUUUUCAAGACCAGAGAAAAAGAAGUACUAGUAGAAAAAUAUGAGAAACACAAGAGAGGAAAACAAGGGCAAGUGAGAAGAGUCAAACAAAUCUAGAAAUGACUCUCUUCUAUUUUGAUCAUUGUUUAUUGUUGAUUAGUACUAUUUUAGCAUAUGAGAAAACAAAGAGAUUUUAUGUGCUAGUUUUUAUAUUAGUAAAAGUAUUGUUUGUCUAUGGUUUACCAAAUGUGUAGUAGAGAAAUGAAAUUGGAAUAUAAAAGGAAGACUCUUUUUCUAAA